AUGGAGCCGGUUACUAGGGAGUUCAAGGACCUGCUUUUCCUCAGCUAUGUAGACGAUACCUAUAUUUUGGGGCCAGCGGCUAGGAUUCUGGAGGCUUUUGGGGUGCUGCGGGAGCGGUUGGAGUGGGUAGGGCUGGAGGUGCAGGCGCACAAGUGCCGGUUUUGGGAGCGCGAGGGCAAGGAGGUGGAGCGGGCACUGCCAUUGGGGAUGCAGCGGGUGGAUGAGGGUCUUACUAUGGUGGGCGUGCCUAUUGGAGAGGAGGUUUGGGAGGUGGUCCGACUACGGGAGCGGCUUCGACAGUUGCAGGCGCCACUGCCAUGGCUCCCCUUGCUCGACCACCCCCAGAUGGCUUCACACCUCCUCGCCAUUGCAAUUUCAGCGCGGCCGAUGUACCUCGCCCGGACUAUGCCGCCGCGUCCGGAGGUGGUUGAGGCUUUUAGGGAUUGGGACAGCUGUUUAGAGGAUUGCUUUGAGCAGCUUUUCCCACCUGGCACUUGGGAGCAGGACCCCGACCGGUCUAGGCGCGCACGCAUGCAGCUGCAUCUCCCUGUGCCUCUCGGUGGGUUCGGGAUCCGGGCGGCGGCCUCUUUGAGCCCACUGUCCUAUGUUUGCGGGUGGGCGCAGGCCGCGCGGGACAUUGCACAGUUAGGGGUGGCGGGUGAGGAGGCGAUGUUUGCUGAGUACCUCACCACUUCGACAGGGGCAGAGUUUCUUGACCCGUGGUUUGUCAAGGCUCUCGAGCAGCUGCCAGCGACUAUCCGCCACGAGAUACCGGGCUUACCUUUGUGUGUAGCGGCCCCUCCUGUUCGGCUUUUCCAGGCGCGUCAGCGGCAGUUAGCUGUAGAGGAGCUCCAGGCACUGCGCCGCUUGGCUCGUGACGAUGCUACCUUGGCCCGUUUCACAUCCCUUCAGAGCCCGGGGGCAGGUGCAUGGGUUUCGGCGGUUCAGGCUCACUCAGAUCUCACAUUCACUGCGGCUGAGUGGGGCAUUGCUGCUGCUAUACGGCUCGGCCUCCCAAUUCAGCAGCUGCAGGUGGCGGGGAGGUGUGUUUGUGGCACAGCGUAUGUUGACCCAGCAGACCCGCAUCAUGCCCUGAGAUGCAGGCACCAGCAUGGUCCUUCUCGGGUGCAUGAUGAGGCAUGGCCGGGGCGGGGUCGGGACCGCAAGUGGGCGGGGCCGAAGUGGGCGACGGGGCCGCAAGGGUGGGCGGGGCCGCAGGGUGGCGACGGGGCCUCAGGUGGCGGGGCCGCAGGUGACAUCGGGGCCUCAGGUGGCGGUGGCCGCAGGUAUAGGAGACGGGGCCGGGGCCGCAAGGUAGUCGACAGGGCCGCAACGGAGGGCGGAGGAGCCGCAAAUGUGGGCGGCGAGGCCGCAGGUGAGGGCGGCGACGGGGCCGCAGCUGAGGGCGGCGACGGGCCGCAGGUGAGAGCGGCGACGGGGCCGCAGCUAGGCGACGGGGCCGUAGGGCCGCAGCGGUGGCUUCGUCAGCAGGGGGAUGCGCACGUGGGGCUAGCUGUGUCGCGGGGGGCUUGUCGAGAGGACGACUCUGUGUUUUCGGCUUAUCUUUUAGGGUCACUGAAGGCGCUCAUCGAGGUGGCGUUACAACGUGCGCAAGCCCGUGUCAUCCUGCUUCGAGCGGCGUCUUCCAUGGGGGGGAUUAACGUAGAUUUGGCGGAUCGGGAGAGGGACGAUGUCGAUGUGGAAGGUGGGGCUCUCUGGUUGGAGGCCCCGUACAUGGUCGAUACGUUGAUGUGA